AUGCGCUUAAAAGAAUAUUUCUAUGCAGAAGACGCUGAACAUAGAACCAGGGAAGAUAAGCAUCAAUACAAAAAGAAGACCUCGACAUGGACUCCGAAGGCUGGCCGCGACAAAUGGCUGGACACAUAUUUACAAGCGGUCAAAGACGACAUCAUUUGCGGAUUAAAACGAAAAUUUAAAUAUAAUCUAAGCAAAUCGGAAGAACAGGCAAUCACAGAAUUACGCCAUGACGACAACAUCGUUAUUCGGCCUGCCGACAAGGGGUCGGGGAUAGUAAUAAUGGACAGGGAAGACUAUGUCAAAAAGCUGAAGUGUAAAAUGUCGGACAGUGACACAUACGUCGACGUGACGGAUGAUAGAACAAGAAUUGUGGAAAACAAAGUGAAAAAAGUGACCGACACUCUUUACAAGAAGGGGUCGAUCGACAGUGACCUUAGAAGGUAUCUCACCAGCAGCGGUGGAACUUCCGGUAAGCUUCAGGGCAACCCGAAGCUUCAUAAACCUGGGAUGCCUCUCCGCACUAUUGUAAACGGCAGUAAUCACCCGACAGAGAAGAUGGCGGAAAUAGUGGAGAAUGAACUGCGCGAUCAUGUGACGUCACUUCCGUCCGUACCAGGAGAAGAGGCCCGUGCUGCAGUAACUGAAGCUCUCAAUCGGCGAGUGCAACCGGAAGUAUCAACCAACGACAUGAUCAUAAUGAUGGACACUGUCCUAAAUAACAACACCAUUUCAUUCAAUGGAGACCACUACAUGCAAAAUGAAGGAACUACCAUAGGAUCGCACUUAGGUAUGAACUACGCGUCGACCUACAUGGGAGCCUGGAAGAAAGAAUUAUUUUCGAAAUCAAAUAAACGUCAUAUAGCUUACUUCCGGUUCGUUGAUGAUGUUUGGGGCUUGUGGACACAUGGUUUGGAGGCACUAAAGACAUUCCACGCGUUUGAAAAUACAAUCCAUCCACGAAUACAGCUCGAGCUCCGCUACUCAACAGAGCAGCUCGAAUUCCUAGACAAUAUGACGUCAAUUCGAACAGGAAUGCUGGUUUCAGACUUAUACACCAAACCAAUAGAUAGGCACCUCUACCUGCACAAGGACUCGUCUCAUACCUAG